CAUCAGUCCAAGGUAAAGGUGGGGCUGUGGAAAAUGAGCACAUAAAGCAUGCAUAAAUAUAUAAAUAAUCCAUAAAGCUCAAUUCUUGGUCGAUUAGAAUCGCAAAAAUGGAGAUGGGUCUGUCCAAAUUAAGCUCUACAAUUGCUAAUAUCUCACAAGAAGCUGCAUUUUUUGAAUUUAAUGACAAGGGUCGCUCUGCUUUCCAGUGGGGUGGAACCAUUUCUGCUAUACUUCUAUUAAUCCUGAACAGGACUGGGAACCGAUCGUCCAAGCAUACUUCACUGCUAGUCCUGUUUCUGUUAAUAAGCUUUCCAACUGCGCUGUUUGAAAUACUUCGAGGGGAAUUCGGAUACUGGGUUGCGUGCAUCACUGUUCUAGCAAACCUAUUCUACCCAGAAAUGUGUCCAGUUUCUCGAUUUCUCAUAUUUGUUGUCACACCUGACUGGCUGGCUGAUGGACUGCGAUAUAACAUUGUUGGUGGCGUUUUUUGUCUAAUAUUAGGAUUAUUACUAGUUGUAAUGGAGAUUCGAGGAAAUGGAAUAUGUAGCACAUGGGAAUGUAACUUGCAGUGCCUUUGUUAUUGCCUUGCUAUAUCUUUCCUCUUCUACUUCACUAUGUUGUACUUGUAGCUAUGAACACAAUAUCAUGUCCAAUGAUAAAUUCAGACAUGUUCUCUGCUAUCUGCUAUAUGAUCAAUGGGCAUGCUUAUUCUUA